UCAACUCUUGUGAAUGAAUGGAAGCUAAAAACCAAAACAGAAACGAGCUGGGUGGUCAGGACAAUUGCCUUCCAAUAGCAAAAUGUCUGGCUCUUUAUACAUUUUACCAUUAGAGUCAGUGGACAAUUUUGUGUCCCAAAAGUGUUUAUUGCCUAAAGAUCGGUUCCCGCAAGGAGGACGGCCCGGUCAAUGGGCGAAAUGUUGGUUUUCUCCCAUUGACCAACCAACAAUGAGAAACUUUGCAGUUUGUCAAAUUUUUCCAAGAGAGCAAGGUGAAAUGACCAUGUGUUACAUGGACAUGAGUAUUUGCCAGUGUAGAUCUAAAAGCCUUGACCAGCGAUUUGUAUUGGACGACAUUGUUCUAAUGGAUGAGAACGAGAUACAGUUGAGACAGAUCGAAGUGUCGUUUUCGCUGACUCCCAAUGAUGUUAAGGGUCUUAUUUCAUUGACUAAAGUAAAUUUGAAGGCCAUGGCGACAAUUUUGUUGCAGGAGUACCACUUUUCUGCUAAGUGUUUUGCUAGGAGUCACGAUUUAGAAAGAAGAGGCAUUGAUGGAAUCUAUGUUGAGUCAAAGGAAUUAAAUGACAAUUUGACUUUUACAAUAAGCGACGAUACUGAAAUUCGAAUUCAAGACAUAACGCUGAGCAACAGAAGUGGUGUCAGUGGUUUCGAUUUCAACGCAGUUGGUCCCUUUCAAAGAGUCCGUCGAGAGCUUGAAAAUAUGGUGAGCGCGGUUAAAUUGCAGCGAAAGACUUUAUGGUCACAACGCAUGAGUUUAAACGCACUGAUUGUGGGAGUAGUGGGUAGUGGCAAAACAUCAUUGGUGGAUGACUUUCUUCAACACCAUCGAUGCAAUGUAUUUCGAGUGACCUCACUGAGUGUCGCAAAGCAAUAUCCAGGCGAAGCAGAAGCUGAGUUAAGGAGCAUUUUCAAAGCUGCGCAACAUUUCGAAGCUCAAUUAAAGCCAAAAGAACCUACUGUAAUUCUAAUCGAAGACAUUCACUUGCUGUGCCCUCAAUCUAUUGCUGCUAGCAGUACACCCGAAGCUUCAAUUACUUCUAUGCGCAUCGUAACUCAAAUCUUAUCGCUUAUCGAUGAGCUGCAUAAUAAGAAAAGUGGUAUUUUGUGCUUGGGCACUACAAAUAGCUCCGACACUUUGAGCGAGUUGGUCCUGAGGCCUGGACGCUUCGAUAAAGAAAUCUCCAUAGGAGCUUUAACGUCUGAUGCCCGAAAAGAAAUCAUUGCAGAACUAUUUGAGAAAUAUCUCCCCGCCUCAAAUAUAACACAAAUACUUAUGUGGAUGGCUGAACAAACUCAAGGUUAUGUUCUGGCUGAUUUAGCCCUAUUUGUGCGUAAUGUAACAAACAUAGUUCUUACACGACCAAAUGAUAAUAUUGAGGCAGUAGUUAAAAAUAGUUUGCAUAAAAGCAAACCCAUGGCUGUAAGAGGAACAGAUGUAACAGUGCUGAAAACGAAGGAAACUUUUGAUAUAAUUGGCGGUAUGCAUCAGUUGAAGAGAGUGUUGGAAGUUUCAGUUUUAGCUGGUCUUAAGCGAGAAGAGGCAUUUCGAAAGUUUGGAUUGUCUUUACCAAAGGGGCUUCUACUGUACGGGCCACCAGGGUGUGCUAAAACCACAGUUGCUAAAUGUUUGGCCACGGAAGCAAAAAUGACAUUCAUAGCAACAUCUGGAGCUGAGGUAUAUUCACCCUACAUUGGUUGCGCUGAGAAAUUUGUGGCAAAAAUCUUCGACACAGCUCGGAGAAACUCGCCAUGCUUAAUAUUUUUAGAUGAAAUUGAUUCAUUGGUUGGUCGCAGAGCAAUGAAUGCAUCGUCAGGAGAUGUACAACUACGCAUUAUGUCCACAAUUCUGACGGAAAUGGACGGUAUUCUUGGUUCACAAGGGACAAAUAGUUUGAGUAGUGCACAAAUACUUGUGGUGGCAGCUACAAAUCGUCCCGAUAUGGUUGAUGAUGCCCUAUUGCGGCCGGGGCGCUUUGACAAGUUAAUACAUGUACCAGCCCCCGAUAAGAUUUCUAGGCGCUGCAUCCUGGCCCUCCAUCAGCAGAGAAUGCCAAUUGCCAAAAAUAUAGAUUUAGAUGAAAUCGCAGCUCGCACUCACAACUAUUCUGGUGCAGAUAUGUGCAAUCUUUGCAAUGAAGUUGCCCUUAAUGCAUUUCAAAGAAAUUUUAGGGCCAAUGAAAUAACAUACGAAGAUUUCGACUAUGUUUUGAGAACGUCUUCCAAGUCAUCGUUGACACAAAAUCAAAUUGAUUGGUAUUAUCAGUUUGAAAAUAAAUUUGUAAGAUAACCAUAA